UUAUAAAGAAUGAGUCAAAUAUCUUCUCUUUUCAUUGCCCUAUAAAUACCUUAAGCCUCCACCAAACCAUUUCAUCAAUCAGCUUCAUUUUACAAAUCACACAACAUCAAGAUCAAUUACUCAAUCCUCUAAAGAUGAACAUGAGCAGAGUUGAUCAACAAGUCAUUACUUAUCCGGUAGGGUAUCUACCUGAUCCGGCUUCUAGUAAUACCAAAAAAUCAGUUGUUAAAAGGAAGAAAACUGAUGGUUUCACCACUGGAGCUAGAGACCAGAACAAGUUAAGACCAAAGCUAACCGAAACAGUGAAGAGAAAGCUAUCUUUGGGGGCUAAGAUUCUUCAGGUUGGAGGUCUAGAGAAGAUCUAUAAGCGGCUCUUCAGAGUCAAGGAAGAUGAAAAACUCUUCAAAACUUAUCAGUGUUACCUUUCCACUACAGCGGGUCCCAUCGCAGGCCUUCUCUUCAUUUCUUCCAAGAAAAUGGCCUUCUGCAGCGAGAGAUCGAUAAAGGUGGCUUCCCCUCAAGGAGACAUGAUCCGAGUUCACUACAAAGUGUCCAUUCCACUGCGCAGGAUCGAGAGAGUGAACCAGAGUCAGAACACGACGAAACCGUCACAGAAGUACAUGGAAGUAGUCACGGUCGAUGGUUUCGACUUCUGGUUCAUGGGGUUCUUAAGCUACAAGAAAGCUUUCAAUUGCCUUGAGAAAGCUCUUUCUCUGAGCUAUGAAGACAGUGAAGAACAAUAGUUAAAGCCAGUGUUUCUUAGAAGCUUUGGAGUUUUAGAAAUAUUUCAUUUCUU